AUUCAGGACUUGAUGCAAUGAGGUGAGAAUAAUGCGCAUGAGGGCCGGCCCGCGUGCCGCCAGACCAUCAGCAGCACGCAACGGCAACCCGGCGCCCGCGGCGGCGGCAGCUUACUACCCGAACCGGUUAGCAGUUGCUAAUCACGGGACUACGUGAUUCCUUGACGCGUUGCGAGAUUUCUGCAUGACGUAGAGAUAUCUCAGCAUUGAUCGGAUCCUCUAUUGUGACAACCUACAGAAUUGUUCUUGAGCCAUAUCGGUGUCUAGCUUAUUGCCUUUAUAUCUUGUACCAGCUCAAUUGGUUGACAUAUACCCACUUUACUGCCAUGCCUGAGCUAGCGGAAGUCUCGCGCAUCGUCCAUUUCAUACGCCACCAUCUGGUGGGCAAGACUCUGUCAAAAGUGUCUGCGCAACACGAUGACAUCGUCUACGGUAAAGUCGGAACAAGUGCUGCCGAGUUUCAGAAGGCAAUGGAGGGGAAGAAAGUCGUUGGCGCAGGACAGCAAGGCAAAUAUUUCUGGAUUACGAUGUCGACGCCUCCUCAUGCGGUGAUGCAUUUCGGCAUGGCAGGCUGGCUCAAAAUUCGAGAUGCCGAUACAUACUACUACCGAACUGACAAGCCGGAGGAUAAAGAGUGGCCGCCCAAGUACUGGAAGUUUUUGCUGGAAACCGACGGUAACCCCAUGACCGAGGCGGCUUUCGUGGACGCUCGUCGUCUUGCCCGCGUCCGGCUCGUGGAUUGCCCUGCAGACGAGAUCCGCAAGUACAGCCCGCUGAAGGAGAACGGUCCGGAUCCGGUCGCAGAUAAAGACACUGUGACGGAGGAGUGGCUUGCAAAAAAGCUAAGAAGCAAGAAGGUCCCUAUCAAGGCUCUUCUCCUCGAUCAGGCAAAUAUCAGCGGAAUUGGGAAUUGGAUGGGUGAUGAGAUCUUGUAUCACGCAAAGAUACACCCGGAACAAUAUAGCAACACCCUGAAUGAUGACCAGAUCAAGGAGCUUCACUCGGCUAUGCACUAUGUUUGCUCGACUUCAGUAGAACUGCUGGCUGAUUCAGACAAGUUCCCGGAGAAUUGGUUGUUCAAGCAUCGAUGGAGCAAGGGCAAGAAGAAUGUUCCCUCUGUCCUGCCUAAUGGCGAGAAGAUCACUUUCCUCACUGUUGGCGGUAGAACAAGCGCCGUGGUCCCCAGUGUACAGAAAAAGACAGGUCCGGUGGCAAAAGAGGUUGAUAGUGACAGCGGCAGUGGCCCGAAAACCAACUCGAAGCGGAAGAGGGAACCAGCGGUGAAGAAAGAAGAGGAAGCACCACCAGAAAGCGAAGAUGGACCUACGCCGAAGAAAAGUGGCUCCAAGAGGCAGAACAAGACGAUCAAAACUGAGGAUGAGGAUGAAUCCAAGUCGUCAGAACCAACAGCUUCAACCAAAAGACGCUCAACACGGCUUAGGAAGUGAAUUCAUGUGUGAAUUGCUUUUCCUUUCAUGACCGCCUGUUGAUGAACAAAGUAAGACGGGGAGGUUGC